UGAUGGAACAAAAGGUGAACAAGUAUUAUAACGGAAUAAAAACAAUAUUUUUGUUUGGUGCCAACACUUGAUUCAAACACAUAUAUGUAUUGUUUAAUUAAUAAAAAUGUGUCAAAAAUAUUAAAUAUAUUGUUGAAUAAAUUGAACUGAUGAAAUGAUGAAAGUUAGGGAAUGGGGGUCUUAUGAUCGCCCCUUAAAUACAGUCGAUUUUGAAUCGCCAGCUCACUCAGGUACAUUAUUAAGUGGCCUUAAUGAUCUAAGAUCAAAAGGUGAUUUACUGGAUAUCACGUUACUUGCGGAAGGAGAAUCGUUUCAAGCUCAUCGUGUUGUGCUAGCAUCAUGUAGCGAUUAUUUCCGAGCAAUGUUUACAGAUGCAAUGAGAGAAUCUCGACAAAGUGAAAUAUGUUUAAAUGGAGUUACUGCAGAAGGAAUCCGAUUGCUUUUAAAUUAUGCUUAUACAUCACGACUUGCCUUAAACCUUGCCAAUAUUCAGGAUGUACUGUCAGCUGCUAGUCAUGUGCAAGUUGUUGCUGUUGUUGAAGCUUGUUCAAAUUACUUACAAUCACAAUUAGAUCUGGAAAAUUGUGUAGAUAUUGCAACAAUUGCUGAAACUUAUUCAUUGGUACAAUUAAGGAGGCGCGUUUAUCGUUUUAUAAGUGGACAUUUACAAGAAUUUUCAAUGUCAAAUGAAUUUCAGCGGUUAGCACCUCAACAAUUAGAGUACUUAUUAGCUUGUGAAUUUCCUGUCGAUUGUCCGGAAGAAGAAGUUUUGCGAAUUGUACUUAAAUGGCUUGAAAAUUCUGAUGUUUGUGGAUUUACUCACCGUUUAUCAUUUGCUUCUCGGCUUUUAAGAAAAAUCCACUUCCGAGAAAUACCAUCAUGGAAAUUAGAUAAUCUAUUACAAAAAGUCUUUAUUGAUCAAUCAAUCGAGAAACAAAGUAUUUAUAAAAUUGUUAUAAGAGAAACUUAUCGACAGAUUCGAAUACCUAAUAAGAUCAGAGAAACUGCUUUUACAAAAAGUCAUUCAAAUCAUUUAGUCAACUCUCGUGGCAUGGAAUUAGCGAUUGUUAAAGUGGGGGGUUUUAGUAUUGGAGGAAUUACCAAUGAAAUCACUUAUUGCUUGUCAAAAGGUAAAUGGAGACAUCUAACAUCCAUACCACACGUAGAACAAUGUAACUUUGGAACAGCUGUGUUGGAUAAUGAAUUAUAUGUGGUUGGGGGAUCGUUUAAUCAAUCUUUACAAGAAAAUAUACAUCCAUUUGGAUUUAGGUACAGUCCUAGGUAUAAUAAAUGGACAACAAUAGCUCCAAUGCAACGAGAAAGGUGUAGGUUUUCUUUAAACGUGUUAUCUGGUCGAUUAUAUGCAAUUGGAGGGUCAAGUGAGUUAGAAGAAUUCGUGGAUGGAUGUACGGAUCAAGAAGAAAUCAGUGCCUGUGAAUGCUAUGAUCCAGCUUCAGAUAGUUGGUCAAGUAUUAGUCCUUUACCAGAAGGACGAUCGCAACAUGCAAGUGUAACUUGGUGUAAUAAUGCUAAUGAAAAAUAUAUAUUCAUAAGUGGUGGGUUGGAAAGAGAUUUAACUUCCGAUGCGGUUCGCAGAUAUGAUCCAGCAACAGACACCUGGGAUGUAAGAGCUCCAAUGUUAUCUUCUCGAGCUGAUCAUGUAAUGAUUUCAUUAGGACAUCGAAUUUAUGUUUGUGGAGGUUGGUUUGAAGAUGCAGAUAUUGGGAGUCGUGUUUUAGUUGAUACGAUAGAUGCAUAUGAUUUAACGACAGAUAGCUGGGAAGUGAUUACUCGAGUGCCAACACCUAGGUAUCAUGCGGGCAUAGUUGAAGUUGAUGGAAAAAUAUAUUUUAUUGGUGGAUUCCAUAGUGAUGCUAUGUUCGAUAGAGAUACAGCUGCCAUUGAAUGUUAUGAUGUUGAAAAUGAUUUUUGGACCACAGAAGAAAAAUAUCCACAAGAUGUUUGGGAACACACUUGUGUCACGUUAUAUAUUCCUAAAUGCCGAGACGAUAUGGAAGUAAUGACUACAAAUGAGAACAGAAGAUAGUAUUAUAUUUAAAGUGUUAUAGGACGUGCCAUUUACAUAUUUAAAAAAUAUCGGGUUAUUAAUAUAUAAGACACUGAUUGGCGGAAAAAAGCGGAUAGCGUAAGGAAUGAAAUAUUAUAAUGUUAUUAUUCAGUGUAUUUAGCAAAGGUAAAUAAUUUUAAUGCGUCGAUUUAUACAAAAAAAUUAGACAUAAUAUUUCGAUGUAUAUAAAAAAUUGUUCAAAUGUGCUAUCAAAUUCCUGUUUAUUAAAAGUUAUGUCUUUAAGCACAAACGAAGAAUUCCGGCUUCAUAUAGAAUGGAUGACGAAAAUGUAACAUGAGUGCAUACGUAAAAUUCAUUUCCUAUGCUGAAUUCAGUUUGAUACAGCUUAUUCCUCAUUACAGCUUUCGUUAUCUGUGUUAUCGGAAGCUUAAGCGUACAAAUAUAGUAAAUUUUUAUUGUUACAAAAGUGUGUUAACUAUUAUAAUACACGGGUAUAAGAAAGACGUCCUUGAAUUCCGAAUAUUUGUAUUUAUGAGCGGAAUUUCAAAUAAAAAACCUAUGAACUUUGAUCAACAAUUUGCAACCAUGCACUAUUCGACACUUUUGAAAUAGUUUAACUGUCGUUUAUGUUCCAAAGGGCAGUUUUGCAAGUGUCGAACAUAAA